AUGUCAUCCAUAGACCAACCGAUUAAAGGCAAAAUCCUUCUCCUCACGGGAGGCGCAUCCGGAAUCGGUCUGUCAGUGACCAAAAAAGCCCAUGAACUCGGCGCAAGAGUUCUAAUCGCUGACAUCAAAACUACACCUGAGUUCGACGUUUUCGCCUCUGGCAAAUCUAACAUACUUUACGUGCAAGCCGACGUCACGCACUGGCCCGAUUUCAACAAGGUUUUCGCCGCUUGCGAAGACAAGUGGAAUGAUGUGCCUGAUGCAUAUGGUAUUUGCGCCGGCCUUUUCGACCCGCCAUUCUCCAACUUUUGGCAAGAUCCAGAGCAAGAGGAGGGUUAUAAGCAAGUCGAUGUAAAUGUGAAUCAUCCCAUCAAGUUGACGAGGUUAGCGCUAAGGAAGAGUUUGAGUCGGGGAAAGAGGGCUAGUGUUUGCAUUAUUGCAUCGGUUGGCGGCUUAGCAGGCAGUAUAGCCGCACCACUCUACUGCGCGACAAAACACGCAAUAGUUGGUUUCGUCAAAUCUAUGAAGGACACAGAAGCUCUUACCGGCGUGAAAAUCACUACACUCUGUCCUGGAGUGGUCCUAACGCCGCUCUUUGACACAGUCAAACUGACGCAGUAUUCAGUCACCGAAGGACGGUCACUCACCCCAGAGACAUGCGCUGAGCACAUGCUGGACCUGUUGCAGAAGAGAGAAUAUCCCUGUGGAAGCGUUCUAGAAGUUACUUUAACAGGCUCGAGAGUGAUUCCGGAGUGGAACGUGCCGCCACCACAAGGAGAGGGCACGGGCCAAGAGAUGAUGGACGAGAAGUUUAUUGAGAAUCUGUUGGGACCGAUUAAGAGGACGUUAGAUGGUGAGAAACUAUCGAAACUGUAG